AUGCGGUACAUCAAGGCCUCUCAUCGAGCACUGCUACGUGCCCGGGACUUGUACGUGAACAGCAUGGCUGGAUGCGCCAGAAGGGCCCAGGACCAACUCUGGACAGUCAUCAUGGCCGCCACCUACUUUGCCCUAUUCGCCUCCGGCCUCGCCGUCUUGCUUCUACUAGUCCAAGGAUCGCCGCCAGGGCCCGUUGUCCAGUGCCGGUCCGGCAACACUAACUGCACCGUGACCAACGGCUAUGGAGCCUUUCCUGAUCGCAGCACCUGCUGCGUCGCCGCGGUCGCGUACCCUUCCACCGAACUGGAGCUCCUGUUAGCUGUCUCCGACGCCACCGAGAAGCAGCAGCACAUGAAGGCUGUCACGAUGUACUCCCACAGCAUCCCCAAGCUGUCGUGCCCCGGAGGGCCGAGCGGCCAGGGCCUGGUCAUUAGCACCCAGCGCCUCAACCGAUCGGUGAGCGUGGACAUGGCCACCUCGCGGAUGACGUUCGAAGCAGGGAUCACACUUAGGGAGCUCCUUGACGCGGCGGCCGCCCGUGGCCUGGCGCUACCCCACUCGCCGUACUGGCAAGGGAUGACGCUCGGCGGCCUGCUGAGCACCGGCUCCCAUGGGAGCUCGGUGUUCGGGAAGGGCUCGGCGGUGCACGAAUAUGUGGUAGGGAUGAGGCUGGUGGUUCCAAGUCCGGCCCCGGUGAACGGAUACUACGCCAAGAUCGUUAAUCUUGGUGAGGAUGAUCCUGAUCUCUUGGCUGCCAAGGUUUCUCUCGGUGUUCUUGGAGUCAUUUCUCAGGUCACCCUCCAACUUGAGCCAAUGUUCAAGCGAUCCAUCACCAACAGGGUCGUAAGCGACGUUGGCUUCGAGCAAACCAUCUCCUCGUACGCUGUCACUACAUACUAUGGAGACAUCAGCUGGUAUCCGUCACAACGCAGAGUGGUGUACCGAGAUGAUAUCAAGGUCCCCAUCACCACCGAAGGAAAGGGUGUAAACGACUACUUAGGGUUCCGAGCGCAGCCCACCCACGUCGGAGCCUCUCUACGUGCUUCAGUGUUCGAGCAGUAUUAUGCACACAUUUACAUCGACAUUUCGUCCGAGAUUUGUACUAAGAAGGCUUCUUUUGUCCUCUACCAUGUGUUUGUGUCUGUGAAUGCAGAGGAACGAGUGGAGGCAACGGGAAAUGCGGAAGGCAAAUGUGUGCUGUUCAGAUUGCAAGUUGAUACUUUGAUUGCGACCGGCAUGGGCCUUAAGAACAAUGACGGCGGCUUGUUAGAAUUCACCGGCUAUCCGGUCGUUGGAAACCAAAGCGACAUGCAAUCCUCCGGUUCGUGCCUAAGAAGUGCAGAAGACAACCUUCUCACGGCCUGUGGAUGGGACCCUCGCUUUGCUGGGUCCUUCUACCACGAAACCGCGAUAAGUAUCCCCUUCACCACCGUUGCAGACUUCAUCGCCGACGUCAAGAAGCUCCGCGACGCCCACCCCAACUCGCUCUGCGGCACCGAGCUGUCCUUGGGCUUCUUCAUUCGCUUCCUCCGCAACUCCACGGCCUAUCUUGGCAAAACGGACGACGUGGUGGAGAUCGACAUCACAUACUACCGUUCCAGGGAUCCAAAACGGCCGCGACUCUAUGAGGAUGUGCUCGAGGAGAUCGAACAGAUGGCCUUGUUCAAGUACAAUGGGCUGCCGCACUGGGGGAAGAACAGAAAUGUCGGCUUCCUCAAUGUCAAGAACAAGCUGGGGGCUAAGUUGGCCAAGUUUGUGAGUGUGAUGCAGAAGUAUGACAGCAAUGGAUUGUUCUCUUCAGACUGGACCGAUGCGGUGCUGGGACUGCGAGGGAAGGAAGUUGUGGUGCAGGGAGAUGGAUGUGCACUGGAGGGGCUGUGCAUUUGCUCCACUGACGACCACUGCGCUCCUAAACUAGGCUAUUUUUGUCGACCUGGAGAAGUCUAUGAACAGGCUCGAGUUUGCCGGAAGAUAAAAUCCGUGGAAGCUGAUGGUUUGUAUAAUUUGGAGAUAGGAAGUGGUCGCACCAUGAGCGAGGGAAACAGCAGCGAGAGCAAGCUGACCCCGUACAUCAGGCCCCCGACCGGGCCGCUGUGGCAUGCCCGGGACUUGUACGAGAGCAGCAAGGCGCAGAGUGGCACCGUCAUCGCGCUGUCUCGCGCCUAUGGCUUUGGGCAGUGCUCGCGGACGAGCAGCAGCGAGGAAGAGAUCAACGACCUCAUCGGCGCCGCUUGCAAGAGCAUGAUGCGGGCCAUCCUGGUGAAGGAGGAUGGGCUGGUGCCAAGGAGCCACCGAGUGGCGACGUUGAGGAUAGACGAUGACAAGCCGUGUGACUUCGAGGACGACCAAGAGGAACGAUGCCAAGGAGCUGUAGCUACGAUGUUGCCACCAAGAGGAACGUGGGCUUCUAAUAAGCUUCAAGUUAGAUUGUGCGGUGAUCAACACGAACAGUAA